CUCGACGCCACCUUCCGCACUGCAGCUAAGGCAACUAUAGUCGACAGCAGCCAUGGCCGGACCAAGUCUUACAAAGGCGGUAUCGAAUCUGUCCUCAACGAAAGAAAUCUGAUCAUAUCUUGGCGAUUCUGUCAUACCCAAGGCAACUCCGAGGUUGAAGACUUGCUGACAGGCCUCAGGCGUCGAUUCGAUCUACUAGGGAUCGCUUAUCCGGAGAUGGCAACAGUCGACAACUGCUGUCAUGUCAAGGCCGCCAUCUUGAAGGUGUUCCCGGACAUAUCUGUAUGCCUGGAUGUCUGGCAUUUUAUGAUGCGCUACAUGAUUUGUAUCGCCGGCGGCAUCAAGAACCCCGUCCGGCCAGCCGUUGCCCGCGAUAUCGUCGACGCGGUCCUCAAAUCACCCGCAAAUGGACAUACGCCAGCCGUGUAUUGGAAUCAGGCGGAACAGGAGCGUAGAUUGGUGGAGGCGUACAAUAAAUGGGAAGCGAAGGGUAAUGUAUGGUCUGCAGCCGCUGUGAAGGCUCACGCCGAACAACUCUCCCAUGUCAAGAAAGGGUGCCUCGCACGCCCCCGCAACGAUGUGCGCUCAGACGGCAGUCGCAUCGAAAGCUCACACAAGGGCUGGAACGGAUUACAGCGGUCUCACGCUAGCGGCCUGGAAUCACUCACGGCCUUAUGCCACGACUUUGUGCUGCGACGCAACCUACGCGUCGAGAUGGCGACAGGUGUUGACGCGUCCGCCUUCGUUCGAUCUACCUACGGCUCCCACCACGUCCGCCUUGUCGACGCAAUCGCGCGGUUGUGGAACGACAUACUCGGCGACAUGCAGAGAUCGGGCCGCGCCUUGCCUGCCGACAUCAAGCCUCUUCCGGCGCUCGAACCGGUCAACAGCGGGGAGACCUUUGGACUCUCGACGAUGGGGUUAACCACGGCUGCACAUCACGCUCUGAUCACCCUCAAAGAGGAGCCAACAGACGACAAUUUGCUCGACCUCUCAUCGCAAGAUCUCCUCAACGCGCAGCAGAUUCUCUCCGACAUUGGCAUCGACCCCGCCCUUAUGUAUCAGUUGCCGCAACACGCCGCCGCCACGCCAAUUGCUCAGGUUCCUGCCGACGUGCAACCCUCUGCGCCCAGUUCCAGCACAGAGCUCAUCCUCCCCGCCGCCGGUAGUGCCACCAGCUCGCCCAGCCUCUCUCAGUCAGCCUCUACGUUCCUGUCCCCGCCGCGCGAUCCCUCGACGUCCAGCCUGGCCACCGCCCUUGAGCUCCUUUCCGUCAAGCAGCCACAGGCUGCCAAGUCGUUCGAUAUCGAGUGCAUCGAUGUCGACGCGCUCGACGGGUACACCUCCCCCUUGUCGGUGGCCAGUCCCUCAGCACGAGAAUUGGAAUCCCAGGACACGGUGAAAGCGGAGGAGGCGUCGGCACCGUCGACGUCUCGGAGUGCCAAGGGCUUGGGCCGCAAGCGUCGUGCAGUGGACGAGAGUGAUGGAAUACUCGCUCCUGACAUCAACACCGAAGACCAUCGGAGUUCUCACCGCAUUGGGCAGCCGUCUCUUGAUGACACGGCGGUCCCCACACAGCCCACCAGCAUCGAGGAUGCGCCCUCCCCGAAGAAGAAGAUAAGGAUUACAGUAGCCGGGAUGCCCAAGACGUCCUUCGGAAGGCGAACGUUCGGGGCAGCUCAAACCCGGCUGAACUCCGACGUUGACGCCACGCAGUCUGAUUCCAUUCGGCAACGAGCUCUCGGAACACCUACCCCCGACGGACGUCCCAGCUUGCAAGCUGGUCGCAUCGAGCGAUUCUUCGCCACGCCACAGGCCUCCAGCUCCUUCAAACAACCCCCUAUCAUACACUCCAGCUUGCCAUCGCCCACGAUCUCUGGGUUGACCCGAUCGCAGCGGCUCUUUUCUGUUGCGACAGGUGUUGACCCGCGAUCACUCAGUUUUCCCCGCAACGCCGACGCAGAGGAAUACUUCCUCUUCAUGCGCCUUCGGAAGGAGCAACAGUGGGCCUCGUUCCGCAUGACGCCCUUUGACUGGGUGUGCGCGGCCUCGCUUUACAACACGGAGCUGCAGAAGCUCAACCGAGAACGCGGACGGGCUCUUGUCAUGAAGACGCCACGCGCUCUGAUGGAGAAGCUCGGAGAACUCGAGCCGGACAUUCUCGGGCGCAUUGCAACUGACAAUUAUUCGUCGCGUAAUCACAAGGACUCGCCCUUCUGGCGGGAGCAUUGUCACGCAGUUCCGCUUGGCAAAACCCAAGGCGGCAGCAAGGUGAACGGACAGAGUAAAAAAUUACGCAAGAAUCAUACGUGCGCGCGAUGCAAGACGAUCAAGUAUCCUGGUCCUGAAGGCUCCGACCUCAACCACAAGAAGCUGUACUGCUCGGACGGUGUGCGGCAAGCUGCACAGAAGGUCAAGACGUUGAUUGGCAGUCAACCCGUCGAUGUGCUUGAGGAGCCGCCGCCAUUCCCGCAGCCGUCGGAGGUCUUCACAAACGGCACCCACUUCCACCCCAUCCGAUUCAUCUCUGCCGUCCAAGAGCUCUACGAGCGCGUUAUUGCAGCCCAUAGCCCCGGCGGCGCCUCCGCUAUGCAAGACCUCGCGUUCGCGUCCCUACUGCGAGAGCGCACGCAGGUGGUCCCCGCGACCGAGGAGCAGCAGUCCAUGGUGCUCUUCAAGUUGUACUCGUCGCUCCAGAUGGGUAGCUGCCCUCCCGAGAUCAUUAUAGAGCGCUCGGGAGAACGAUACCUUCGCAUCGACUACCUCAGCGACCCGCCCGUAGCAGAACCGGGCAACUCAGAGGGCUCGGGUGUUUAGUGAGGGCUGCAGCUCGGGACUACCGGCGGUAGUGUUUGGUAUUCAUGUGCAUUUCUCGACGAUUUCCCCUACUUUAACAUAUCGUCUAGUCUACGGAACUAUAGCGGACUAUUUGUAACUUCUAUACAUCGCGUAAUACACGAGUACACGGC